CACCUGCGCAAGCUCCUCCUCCCCCGCUGCUUCUCCGCCUCCCCCAAUUCCCUCACCCACCAUCCCCUCCCCUCCCCUCGAUGUCCGCCGCCGUCUCCACCACUUCACCGCCCCCAAUUUCUCUCCUCAAACGCCUCCUCCGCCGCCCGGCGCCACUGGUUUUCCAUCAGAAAUUUCUCCUCGCAAACAGACAUCCCAGCCGCAAAUUCUCUCAAUCAAAACCCUGAAAAAUCAGGAGAUCGUGAAGAUUCGAUCGCUAAAUUGUUUUCCGAGGAGCUCCAGAAAAAUCCGGAUGCGGAGCCCCUCCCUCUUCAGAAAAGACUCGAUCUUUCAUUCUCACACGUCCGGAUUAGCCCCGCGGUGCUCCACUCCACGCUCAACAUGUCCCCUGAUGCGGGGCGUAUGGCGCUAGAUUUCCUCAAAUGGGCCAAAUCAAGGCCGGGGUUUGAGGCAAGUGAUGAGGUUUACUCCUAUUUCGUUGAGUAUUUUGGGAGGAGGAAGGAUUUCAAAGCUACACACGAAGUUCUUGUGGAUGGCCGUGGAGUUGCUGGGGUUAAGAGUCUUGAAUCCCUCGUUGAUCGAAUGGUUCGUGCCGGGAGGCCCUCACAGACCGUUGCAUUGUUUGAGAGGAUGGAGAAAGACUAUGGGUUUGUGAGGAAUUUGGAUUCUUUGAAGCUGAUUGUUUCGGGUCUCUGCCAGCAAGGCUACGCCAGCUAUGCCGAAAAAAUGGUUAAGGGUUUGGCGAAUGAGUUCUUUCCUGAUGAGUAUAUAUGUGAUGCAUUGAUAGAAGGUUGGUGUGUGGAUGAGAAGUUGGAUGAAGCCAAGAGAUUGCUUGGUGAAAUGCAGAGGGGUGGAUUUGAGGUUGGUACGUACGCUUACAAUGCGAUUUUAGAGUGUGUUUGCACGCUUUGUAGGAAGAAGGAUCCUUUUAGGCUUGAGAGCGAAUCAAGAAAUGUGGUAGUUGAGAUGGAGAGGAACGGUGUUCCACUCGAUGUGGAGACGUAUAAUGUGCUUAUUACUAAUUAUUGCAAGAUUAGGAAGACGUCGGUUGCAGUAGAACUGUUCUCUAGUAUGCGGAUGCGGGGAUGUUACCCUAAUGAGACUACGUUUCUUGUGUUGAUCAAGAGUUUGUAUCAGGCUGCGCGGGUUGGUGAAGGGGAUGAGAUGAUUGAUAGAAUGAAGUCCGCUGGGUUUGGAGAUGCUCUGGAUACCAAGGCUUAUUAUGAGUUCUUGAAGAUUUUGUGUGGGAUUGAGAGGAUUGAUCAUGCUAUGAAUGUCUUUGCAAUGAUGAAGGAGGAUGGACGCAAGCCGGGUAUCAAGACUUAUGACUUGUUGAUGGGGAAGCUGUGUGCUCAUGGACGUCUUGAUAAGGCUAACGCCCUUUAUAAGGAGGCUGAGAGCAGCGGGCUGGCUGUGCAGCCGAAGCCGUACAAGGUUGAUCCUAGAUUUGUGAAGAAGAAGGAUACUGCGGUGAAGAAGGAGAAGAAGAGGGAGACACUCCCUGAGAAGAUGGCAAGGAAGAGGAGACGGCUUAAACAAAUUCGGUUGAGUUUUGUGAAGAAGCCAAAGAAGAUGAGGCGGCGUGCUUAUUAAGCUCCUACCCUCUUCUUUGUGGGACCAUCAGAAUUUUUGGGAGAGAUUGAUGUUGAAUUCCUACAUGCUUCAUCAAAGAUUACAUGGGAAACUGCUGCGCUAUUCAAAUUCUUUACUUUCCAUUGGAUGCUUUUCGAUCUUUUUUUUUGUCGGAAAUGUAGCCAAUGCUGCCACCAAAUUCUUUCAAGAACCUGGUAGCGUUUUACUCUAUCUAUAUCAAGGAUUGUUACUGCACGAUGUUGGAUCAUUCCGGGAUAGUUGCUAGGCCUAGACUUGGCCGCGGUUAUAACAUGUUUUCCAGUUACUUUUUUUCGUUUUCUUUCUUGAAUCUUGCGAUAGUUGACAGGGAUUGUCAAUGCUGUAUUUUCUGCAGUUAAGUUUAGUGUACCUUUUUGUUA